CUAUAACCGCCUCUGCCUAUACUAGGACCAUAGAGGACGUCCCCGCUGUCUUUUGAGUUCAUAACAAACAAGUCGCAGAUAAAGGGUCAAGGACGACCCUCCCGUGGGUGGUGCCUAUAUGCUCAACGUGACAGUCUGUUUCCACGGAGCUGUCAGGAACACAUAUCACUCCUCCGACUGGAUGAAUUGUGCGGAGUGUGGGGACGAAACGCUCGAGACGUGAAACUCAACUUUUGAAUAGCCUACUUUUGAGAUAUUGACGCUGAUGGGAUAUGGCGAUGGCUUCUCCAUCGGCAUCACCAGCAGGACCAGCUACGGAGGCAUCCAACCCAGAGCUCUCACGCCGGGGGUGCAUUGAGGCUUUGAAAUUGAAGGUGGGGCCGGCGCGGAGAAACCUCUUCGGGCCUGUGGACCACCAGCAGCUGCAGCAGGACUUCCAGCGGCUGCUCUGUAUGGACGUGGAGGUGGCCAACAAGCGCUGGAACUUUGAUUUCCAGAGAGAAAUGCCAGAAGAGGGCUCCGACUUGGAGUGGGAGGAGCUCAGUUACGAGGACGUGCCGGCGUUUUACCACAGCUGCACGGUUAGGUCAGCGCAAUGUCCAGUGGCCAAGAGGCGGGCAUCGUCUUCGUCGGGCAAGUGUUCCCCAGGGUCCAGCAGCACGUCCGAGUCUGGGGAUGAGUACCUGGAGGUGACCACAAGGGGGUGCUACCGGAUCCGACGGCAAGGAAAACGUAAACAGUCUGCCAUCACAGAUUUCUUCAAGGUGAAGAAGAUGAAGCUUCUGCAUUACAAAGCAUCUUCUCUGCAGUAGAAAAGCACAACGUAGACCCAGUGGAGGACCACCAAGUGGUCGACAUCCCUCUACACGUAACCUCACAUAGAUAUGUGUCAUAUCAUAUGUAUAUAUGUAGCAAUUUGUAACGGACUGUCCACCAGCUCAUUCAGCAUGGGCUCAAAAACACCUCUGACACCACAUACCUUAGAUUUUCAGCACAAGGAAGCUAGCAUGAUCCUAGUUAAUCAAGCUCAGACCUUAGGAACGGUUUUUGUUUAACUAUAAAUAUUAUAUAUAUUCUAUAUACUGUUUUCAUCAUUUUUUUUUUUUUUUUAACUAUACUGUGAAAUUAUUUUUGAAUGCAGACUCUUAAUAACAGAAAACGGGCUCCAGUUUUAAGAGGUUAAUUGUCUUCUGAGCGGCCUGCGGCUAGUAUUUGACGUCAGUCCUCUGGCCUUUCUUCUCCCUCUUGCUAAAAGUCACGAGAUGGUUUUGAUUAGAUGAGUUGCUAUUCCUGGUUUGCACCACACUUAGCCUUUAGUCUCGCCCCAGGGCUCUGAUAGCAGGAGUCAAGUCAGGGGUCAAAACCUCACCCGGGGCUCAAAAUGUGGCAGCGCGACUGUGAUUAGUUCCGGGGCAAAGGUCAACGGUGGAGGUUCAGCAAUAAGGUAACGUGGCAGUACCUGUACAACAGUGACUUCUAUUCUUAUGUGAUUAUUUAUUUAUCAUUCGUGAUGCUAGAUCGUCAAAAAAAAUAAAAAAAGAUAAUUAGAAAAAAUUGGAUGUGUAAAGCAAGGCAACAUAAGCUGUUUAGAAGUCAUUAUGGGUCAUAUAUACGCUCCACCGUUGUCACUUAAUAAUAUUGGCCAUAUAUAUAUAUACAUUUAACACCAUCACAACGAAAAAUGUACAAACUACAAAUCAUAUCCCCUUUUUGGUUUGCAUUAUUUGCAUAUUGGGGCUGUACAAAGUACAAAUCUAUACUUUUUUUGGCAACAGACUACAACAUUACUUUAUUUCGUUUUGUCAGCUUUAUGCUUGUAAUGAUGUAGACAUCUUCCACUCUUUGUCUUCAUGUCCACCUUGGAGUUGUUAAAUACACCCAUUUUCUCUAUGAAGCAAGUGUAGCGUUUUGUCCCCAUGUUGCAGCUCAGAGGAACCCUAACCUUUCAGUUCCACUUUUGGUCGUUUUUUUCUUUUUUUCUUUAUGAAGAGUUGAGCUGCUUCUCUUUUUUUUGUCUCUUUGUCGUUCUAUAAAUGUUAGUGUGUACAUAAUAACAAGUGUUUGUGUA